GAACGCUGGAUGAAUGUACUUACUCGUGAGCGUGGAGCUACUGUAGUGCUGGAAAAGGAAAGAAGAGACAGUAGCAGCAGCGUUGUCGCUCAGCUGUGGUCACUCUUUUUUUUAAUUAAUUUAUUUAUUUAAAUCGUGUAUGAGAGGCAAAAGAGCGCACCAUGCCUAGCUCCCUCCUGUGGGCAGUGGACGUGUUCGGGAGGGUGUACAGCCUGUCAACCGCGGCCCAGCAGUGGGACCAGUGCAAGGAAGCACAGCUGGAAUUCAAGCGCGUCACCGCUGUCCAACAGUGCUGCUGGGCCAUUGCUUGUGACCACCAGAUCUACUUAAAUGUCCACGCCAGCGAUGUGCCCAUCCGUUAUAAGGAGGAGACGUACGAGAAUCAGCGGUGGAAUCCAGUGGAUGGUUUCUCAGAUCGGCUCCUGCCCAGCGACCGCUGGCAAUGGAGCGAUAUGACUGGGCUGAAGCACCAGCCACUUGACAGUUUCCAGCUGCCCUCAGAGAACUGGGAGUGGGAGGCAGACUGGUAUGUGGACGAGAACUUUGGUGGAGAACCCACUGAGAAGGGGGGCUGGACAUAUGCUAUUGACUUUCCUGCCGCCUACACCAAAGACAAGAAGUGGAACUCCUGUGUCCGUCGCAGGCGAUGGAUUCGCUACAGGAGGUACAAGGCAUGCAACACCUGGGCCAAGGUCCCCUCUGAGCAGGCUGGACUCCCUGACCCUUUCAAUGACAUCAGCUGUGGGGGCUGGGAAAUCAGCGAUGAGCCCAGGGGUCAGAUGUCCCUGUGGGCUGUCUCUCUGCAAGGAAAGGUGUGGUUCAGGGAGGACAUCCAUCACCUCAACCCAGAGGGCUCGUCUUGGGUGGAGGUGCAGGUCCCCGGGGAGGUGGUGCAGAUCAGCUGUGGAGCAGGGGACCUGGUGUGGGCCGUGCUCUGGGAGGGACAGCUGCUGGUUCGCGAGGGUAUCGGCAGGGAUUGCCCCAAAGGUUCCUCAUGGGUGGUGGUGGAGUCCCCAAGCCCAGAAGUUGGAGCCAUCCAUGUAGCAGUGGGUGUAAAUGUGGUGUGGGCUGUCACAAAGGAUCAUAAAGUGUGGUUUAGGCGGGGCAUAAAUUCCCAUAAUCCUUGUGGCUCCGGCUGGAUCGGCAUGGUGGGAGAAAUGGUGAUGAUCAAUGUUGGACUCAGUGACCAGGUGUGGGGCAUCGGUGCCGAGGACCGGGCCAUAUACAUGCGGCAGGGUGUGACGGCUAACGAGCUCAGCGGCAAGGCCUGGAAGGCAUUACCUUCGCUGCGGGACAGUGACCGUGCUCACUCCAGCGCCAGCGCGAGUAGCCUGCCCAGCGCUGGCUGUUUCUUCAGCGGCGAGGUCAGAGUGCAGUCGCGGGGCUCCGUAAUCGGCGACAUCGACGCAGGGCAAGAGGCUUCAUGCGAAGCUGCACCGCUCCUCCACGGACAAGCAGACGCGCCCAAGCCCCUCAUCCCAAAGGUCACGAGCGACAGCUUCAUCUCGGAGUUGGUGUCCGACCGGGACAGGCGAGAGGGCGCAGUUUCGACCCCCAUCCCGGAGGAGGACCAGGGGUCCGAGCAGGAUGACAAGGCCCCUCCGGCCCUCGUUCUCUCACAUAGCCCGUCUUGCGGGCCGGACCCCCAGUGGAGCAACGUGGACCUAGAAGAGGCACAGACGCACCUGGCUGUGGGUGCUGCUUCCGAUGCAGCCGAAACUAGCAGCCUGUCAUCUGUGGCCACCUACAACCUGGGGCUGGAGGAGCCCUACGGGCCCGAUGAGCACCCGCUCUGGGCCUGGGUCAGUGGAGGUGGCUGUGCCGUGGAUUCACACUCGCAGCUCAGCUGGUUCAACUCCUCAGCAGGGAUGUGCUCCUCCAUGCAGUCCAUGUCCUUGUCUGUUAGUCCUGCCCAGACGGCCGCCUGGCGCAAGCAGAUCUUCGAGCAGCUCAGCGAGCGCUCCAAGAGGGAGAUGGACAACUUUAGGCACUACGAACAAGCUAUAGAGCAGACCGUGUGGGUGAAGAAGGGCACCAUGCAGUGGUGGAGGGACUGGAAGCCCCACAAGUGGGUGGACGUGCGCUUUGCCCUAGAGCAGUACUGUGGCACUGAUGGCAGUAAGGAGGGCAUCCUUUUCAUCUACUACACUUUCAAUGAGGAGAAGAAGUACCUCCAUGCUUUCAUAAAUGAGGUGACCAUCCUGGUGCCUGUGCUCAGUGACUCCAAACACACCUUUGCAAUCUACACUCCAGAGAGGACCAAGCAGAGGUGGCCCAUUCGGCUGGCAGCAUCCACGGAGCAUGAGAUGUUUGACUGGCUGGCACUACUCACUAUGUCCUGCUGUGACUCCAGGGGCGUCCAGGGCCCCCCUUCCAAACAGGCCAUCUGGUCUGUCACCUGCAAGGGGGACAUCUUCGUCAGCGAGCCUUCGCCGAGCCUAGAGGCCUCACCCUACCCCAUGUCAUGUGAUCAGAUGUUCUGGCAUCAGAUCGGGGGCCAUCUUCGUACCAUAGAAUGCAACAGUUUGGGAGUGGUGUGGGGCAUUGGCUGUGACCACACAGCCUGGGUCUACUCUGGGGGCUAUGGAGGCGGCUUCUUCCAGGGGCUAGCCAGCAGUACAGACAACAUCUAUACGCAGACAGACGUAAAGAGCGUCUACAUCUACGAGAAUCAGCGCUGGAACCCCGUGACGGGAUACACCAACAGGGGCCUCCCCACGGACCGCUACAUGUGGAGCGAUGCGUCGGGACUGCAGGAAUGUACUAAGGCCAACACCAAACCUCCUUCUCCACACUGGACCUGGGUCAGUGACUGGACCAUUGACUACAAUGUUUCUGGAGGGACGGAUAGGGAGGGCUGGCAGUAUGCAGCUGAUUUCCCUGCGUCAUACCAUGGUUCAAAGACCUUGAAGGACUUUGUUAGACGGAGGCGUUGGGCCAGGAAAUGCAAAAUUACCACCACUGGUCCGUGGCAGGAGGUCCCACCCAUCCCGCUGUGCGAUGUCACCAUCCUGCCCUGUAUGGCGCAGAGCAAAGUGGAGCAGGUGCUGCUGUGGGCCAUCAGCAACAAGGGGGAUGUCCUGUGUCGCUUGGGUGUGACCCCAGAGACUCCCGCUGGAACCUCUUGGCUUCACGUGGGAACAGACCAACCUUUCAAGUCCAUCUCCAUAGGGGGCGCUCACCAGGUGUGGGCAAUCGCCAGGGAUGGCUCUGCUUUCUACCGGGGCUCUGUGUCCCAGCAGAACCCUGCAGGUGAUUGCUGGUACCACAUUCCAUCUCCUCCUCGUCAGAAGCUGAAACAGGUGUCAGUGGGAAGAACGUCUGUUUAUGCAGUGGAUGACAAUGGUAACCUGUGGUACCGACACGGGCUGACCCCCAGCUACCCACAAGGUACCACCUGGGAGCACAUCUCCAACAAUGUGCGCAAAGUGUCUGUUGGGCCACUGGAUCAGGUGUGGAUCAUUGCAGAUAAGGUGCAAGGCAGCCAUAGUCUGAGCUGUGGCACCGUCUGUCACCGGCUCGGCGUGCAGCCCAUGGAGCCCAAGGGCCAGUCGUGGGACUAUGGCAUCGGGGGCGGCUGGGACCACAUCACUGUGAGGGGAAACUCCCUGGAGGCACCGCGUAUUAGCAUGGCCAUGCUGUCGGACAGGCCUGUCCCAGCCAGCAGCACCCCCCACAGCCCCCUGCCGCUCAGGAACCCGGAGGGGAUGAACGGGAACGUUGUCCAGUCGUAGACGCUGUCGGUGUCUCCGCUUAUGACAGUGAGCGACUGUCCCCAUCAAGCUACUCCUUUGUCCCUCGAACGUAGAUUGAUACUGUGCUGCCCUGGAAACGUGACAAUAUUCCUAUUCCAGUUUGCUGUUCACUCUCCAGUCAUUCGCUCUUUUGUUUUCUCUCUUCUCUCUUUUGUUUUCUCUCUUCCGGGAUUGGCUUUUUGUGUUGGGCAUUUCUAGGUAUUUCUCAGUCGCUGUUUUAGUCUUUCCUGGAGUUGCUUUGUUUUUUUUCCCUCUGGUGUGGGUGUGUGGGUCUGUGUGUCUUUGGUUUUUUUGUGUU